GUGUCUGUCGAAGCUGGACAUGCAAUGAUUGGCCAAGCCGUCUCCGACUACUUCACUUCCUUGUUUGGCUCUGGUUCGAUCAAGCAGGCAGCGCAACAGAAGAUAGUUGACGCGGUGAAGAAGACAGGGGAGAUCCUGGACCCGGUCCUGGCUGCCUUGCACUUGGAGGGCUACCACUAUCUGAACCCUCCUUGCAACAGCGACUUCCCUACCAACCCCACGUGCCAAUACCCCAAGUAUCCCGACAAGUCGCUGCUGCCGCCUGCCGGGCCGCCAAAGCCGCUACCUCCAGCAGAUUGCACCUGCGGCAGUGAGUGGGUUGCCAACACGGCUGCCAACAUCGUAGCGGGGUUUGAGCAGACACCUGCCUCCCAGUCGAAGCUGGUCAGCAAGGACGCGUUCCACGAUGUUUCCGAUGUAAGGCCGUUCCACUUGCCACACAUCUUCGAACCAAAGCCCGGAACUGCGUGCACGGACCCGGCAAAGUGCUACAUCAAUGCCACCACUGUGUCGAUGCCCAUCUACGACUUCAAGGACGACUUCGAUACUGGCCUUUGGCCCGUCACUGCCAGCGAGUUCCGUACCAAGUUCAAGUCCCGCGAAGCUUUGCAACAGGCAGCGGGGCUCCCGAAUGUCAACUACACCGCCACGGAUGAGUCGAACACCAAGAUCUGCCAGUCCAUCAACCAGGCUGCCUACGACUGGGCCCUUAAAUCGGCCUCCAGCAAGGCACGUGAACGUUUUCUCAAGCACGGCCAGCCGUACGUCUUCCUCGAGGACAAGAAGUCUGGCUUUGGAGUUACCGGCCCGACGUGGAUCCAUGAUGCACUUUCAUACACCCCCAGCAAGGACAAAAAGACAGUCGAGGUGCAGUCCCACUACUUCCCUUUGAAAAACAAGAAUCUGGGAGACGUGCCUUUUAUCCAAACUGUCGGCUACCACUAUUGCAAGCUCUUGUCGCCAGCUCGGGCUAUGGAGUGGAUUUACGUGGAUGGCUUGAAGGAAUUCUACGGCACCCAUGAUUCUGGGAUGGAGAUCCUGAUGUAG